AUGGCCUCCAAGUCCCCCAACCGCGUGGCCUACCAAGGCGUGCCCGGCGCCUACAGCGAGAUGGCGGCCCGCAAGGCGUGCCCCGACUGCGAGCCGCUGCCAUGCGACCAGUUCGAGGUGGCGUUCCAGGCUCUGUCGCAGUGGAUGGCGGAGUGGGCCGUUCUGCCCAUAGAGAACUCCCUGGGCGGCAGCAUCCACGCGGUGUACGACCUGCUGCUGCGCUACCGCCUGCACAUCGUGGGGGAGACCAGCGUGUCGGUCAACCACUGCCUGCUGGCCCUGCCGGGCACCAAGCUCUCGGAGGUCACCCGGGUGCUGUCGCACCCGCAGGCGCUGGCGCAGGUGGACGGGUACCUGAGGAACCUCAAGGUGGUGAAGGAGGCCGUGGACGACACGGCCGGCGCCGCACAGAUGGUGGCGCAGCAGCAGCUCCGCGGCGUGGCGGCGGUGGCGUCGCGGCGCGCGGCAGAGCUGUACGGCCUUGAGAUCCUUGACGAGGGCAUCCAGGACUUCAAGGACAACGUGACGCGCUUCAUCAAGCUCUCGCGGGACCCCCUCGUGUCAGCCGACGCUGACGCCGAGGUGCCCUACAAGACGUCCAUCGUCUUUUCCCUCAAGAAGGGCCCCGGACAGCUCUUCAAGGCCCUCUCAGUCUUCGCGCUCCGCGACAUCGACAUGACUAAAAUCGAGUCGCGCCCGAUGCGCACCAACCCGAUCCUCACCGUCGACAAGGCCUCGGUCGACGGCAGCGUGCCGGCCGGGGCGCAGCGCUUCAACUACCUGUUUUACGUGGAUUUCGUGGGCACCCUCGCGGAGCCGCGGUGCCAGAACGCGCUGCGCCACCUGCAGGAGAGUGCGCCGUUCCUGCGGGUUCUCGGCAGCUACCCGAUGGACGUUGAGCUGGGGGUCAAUGACUCAGACAAGCCCGUCGGGUUUGACGCGGCCGCCAACUGA